GCACGCCCUCUACGGUAAAGAUACUCAAAUCGGAUCAUCCGAGAAAAACUUGUCAAAAUGUCUUCGAAUUCGCCGCAAACACCCCUUCCAAAGAGUAUUAAGUUCCUCUUCGGGGGAUCAGCUGGAAUGGCAGCUACAGUGUUUGUACAGCCUCUAGAUCUGGUCAAGAACAGGAUGCAGAUGAGUGGUGAAGGAGGUGCUGCUAAAGCUCAUAAAACUAGUCUUCAUGCCAUCAAAUCUAUCAUAAGAGAGGAAGGGGCACUUGGACUCUAUAAUGGAUUAUCAGCUGGAUUAUUACGACAAGCCACAUACACUACAACUAGGCUAGGAAUAUACACAACGUUAUUUGAUAUGGCUACAGGUUCUGAUGGAAAACCUCCACCAUUUUUAUUAAAGGCAGGAAUAGGCAUGGUAUCAGGAGCAAUAGGUGCUUUUGUUGGAACUCCAGCUGAAAUAUCACUAAUAAGAAUGACAUCAGACGGCAGGCUACCGGUAGCUGAGAGGAGAGGCUACACAAGUGUCUUCAAUGCAUUAGCUAGAAUCACGAGAGAAGAAGGUCUAGUAACACUUUGGCGGGGGUGUGGUCCAACCGUUGCCAGGGCGAUGGUUGUCAAUGCAGCUCAACUUGCUUCCUACUCACAGGCAAAACAGUUCCUACUAGGAACAGGUUACUUCCAAGAUAACCUUCUAUGUCAUUUUGGAGCAAGUAUGAUCAGCGGUUUGGUCACCACUAUUGCAUCCAUGCCCGUCGAUAUUGCAAAAACAAGAAUUCAAAACAUGAGGAUAAUAGACGGAAAGCCUGAGUACAAGGGUGCUAUUGAUGUUCUGGCACGUACCAUACGGAGUGAGGGAUUCUUUAGUCUCUGGAAGGGCUUCACUCCAUACUACACUCGGUUGGGUCCACACACCGUCCUCACCUUUAUCUUCUUAGAGCAGUUCAACAGGAUCUAUCGAGAAAGAUUCAUGAAAUAAACACACACUACGCCAUCAUUAGAUCUUACCGUAGCAGGCACGAGAGGAACAAACAAGGGAAGAUUUGGGACUUUUCCCCAUGCAUGGACUCGGUGGCGUCGGAACACUCAUAUCAGACAAAUGAUGGGAAGAAGAGUUUGUUGCGCAUUGCCAAUCCAAUACUUCUGCAUGUUUAAAUGUUCAGGGGCCUUUAACACAAUGCUUAACAAUGAUCGUAGAAGAAUAUCUCUAUGCAUAAUUGCAUUGAAACAAUUUACAAUCAAUUGUGGAAAAUCAAACUUACGAUCAAUCGCUAACAUUUGUGUUACGGGGCCCCUCAUGCCAAGGGCAAAAUAUUGUGUGUCAAACAUGACUUACACCUUCAAUUAUUUGGCUAAUCUGAAUGUUCCGGCUUGCUGCAUGUGCUUUUCCUCGUUUAUAGUGUGAGGGCUGACAUAUUUAAUGUAGGUGGCAGGGGGGUUGAAUUCAAUGUUUUCUACCUCUCUCAUUUUAUUUUGACCCAAGUUACUCUAAGACAUUGGCCUUCAGACCCCUUUAGUUUUUAGUCUGAACCGAUCAUCUAUUUCAUGCCUAGGUCAUCAAGCAUGUCAAAUAUCUUUUUGUACGGUUAAUAUACAUAUUGAGUUGAAUGUAUUGUAUACAUUUCCCCGCAAAAUUAUUGCGCCAUGUAGGCCUCUUGAUAGAAAUUAAAGCAAUAAAUUGUCCCCAAGAAGAGGAGGGAAAAGGAAUUGAAAGAUUAUUAUAAUCAUAUGGUCAGUCCCUAUAACAUGGGGUAAAUAUUGUGUUAUGCACAGGAAGAGGGUAAAAUGAAUCAAAGUGUAUUUUGUGUUAAUUGAACUUUACCCAACACAAGAUGAUUGAAAGGCUCACUGAAAUAAUCAAUACUUUAAUUUGUCAUUUUCUGUUUCUAUUCUCGCAAUCCAGUAUUUAUUCUUACAUGAAUAGCUUUGACCAUUCUCAGGUACUAUUAAAUAAACUAAUAAUUGAAUGGCAUUACUACUGAAUAUGAGCUUGUAAUAACUGCGUUGCAUCUAAUUACUGCGUCCUCCAAUAAUUAUGUGAUGUUGCCUGUUACAUUGAAUGUGACUUGUAGAAUUAUUGGAUGGACUUGUUUUGAAUAUAAACUUGUUUUUCAUGACUCUCUUUCAUCUAAUUGCAAUUAGUUUACAAAGCCUCCUUUAUUAUAUGUAUUCCCUCUUGAGAAAUGUUAUGGUGCAGUGGAUGAGAUGAGGGAUUCUUGAAAAUUUAGUACAGGGUUCUAAACCCUACUUCAAUGGUAAUGUUCUUGGUCUAGACAGAAUUUGAAAUUUGCAUCUCUUUACCCAGGUGAAGAAAGGACGGGGGGGGGGGGGCAUAACACAUAGCUUGGUGAUUUUCACCACUGAUUACAUUACACUUAGAUGUCAAUGUGAUUAAUUGUAUAUUUAAGCUUUAUGAUCAAGCUCUAUAGCCUGGCUCACUUGAGUUUUUCUGCUUUCGUCUAAAUGCUUAUUACCCAAUUUCAGCCAGCACGGUCAAACACAACACAAUGAAUUUAAACAAGUUUAUACAAGGUCAAUGCGUUAACAAAAGUAGAGACAUCGUGUUCUUACUUGCUAGUUUAAACUUUUUGUAAUCAUUCGCUACCGAAUGUAAUCGAAAUCCGUUAAAGAAGAGACAAGAGGCGACCGGCAAAUACAAAUAAGGCUUGUGAUUUUGAGCAACAGCAAGCAGCUUGCGCCGGCCAUUGCAGUUUUGCCACUGAUUUUAAUUCAACUUGGCUCGUUUCAGCUCGCAUUACCUUGUGUUACUGCAUUGUAACUGUGUACGAGCUUGUACACAACAGCGUGAUGACCACAAGUGUGUGAGCCGGGUUUAAGCAUUGUAUUAUAGAGCAAAUGUGAUGACAUAUUUCAGCUGAUGUCUCAGUAACAUGUCAGGGAAAUCCCACUAGCUCAGAGGAUGAUUUCAUGUAUUCAGGAUUUCAAAUCCGUAAAAAUAAUUUUAAAUAACCUCGGCAGUUUAACAUCAUUAGAGACAGAUAUGUUGUGGCUCAAUGGAUAACUCUCCGGACUUUGAACCACAAGGUUGGGGUUCAAAUCUCACAACAGUGCUUGCGUCCUUUAACAAGGUAUUUAUCUACAUUUAUGUAUCUCCUUCCACCCAGUUUUACAAUCAUUUUUUUUUAAUUAGUAAGGGUUAUUUAGAUUUGAGAUGCCAGUGAAUUGGGUGCAUGCAUGAGCCUAUACACUUGUCAAGUUUUCAUGCACAAAUUAAUACAGGAGUGGUCGGUCUGUAGUGUCCUACUCUUCGGCUUCCUAUUCUUCAGCGAAUAUGCUGACAUGAUGUCAACUGUUUCAAGACCAACAUGAAAGGAGUCUCACAUGGCCCUGCUUUAUUCUGUUUGAGUUAACUAAGUUACUAAUAUGAUCAUUUUUUUUGUUCAAUCUAUGGUUUUGAAGUUUUUGAAGCAUGUUUUAAUUUUAUGCAACACAGUUCAUGAAAAAAAUUGCAAGAAACUUUUGGCUUGCCAUACUCCUGUGGGAUGAAAACUAGAGCAUAAUGUUACAUACAGUUCUAUUAUCUAUUUGUGGUGGCUUUAAAGGAGCCAGCCUUGGGAGAUCUAAAUUUGAUUUAUAAUCAUGUGCCACUUCACGGAUGUUUGAAUAAAAACAAACUUCUCCUCAUCAUGAAAAAAUUCCCCUUUUCACUGUGGAUGUUAGCUUUAUAGAUAUCGCAAUGAAUGAAUUGGGGUAAAAGUGUGAUUGAUUUGGUUUACUAUUCCAGUAUUAAGUGUUCAAUGUACUACAAACAUAGGGAUAUGAAUUGAUGUAUUUAACUCGUAGGAUUUUGAAUAUUAAGGUUUCAAGACUUCAUUUUGCUGAAGAUAAUAUGAAUAAAGUAUUAGUGCAUGUCAGCGUUUGUACAUAGAUAUAUGACUAUACAAGCAACACAGUUGCAGAUGGGUUUGAAAUAUAAAGAUGAAAUUGAAUAUAUAUUGUUUUUUCUGUGCUUGCAGAGUGCUGUUCAGGAUCAUUUUUAUCCUGUAAAGUGCACCAGACUGCCCUAAUGAGAAUAAAGUUCUUAAACCCUUUU